UAACCCAAGUUCUCAGAGAAUCGGCAAAAACCUUUUUUGGGAUGCAGUUCCAAAGGGAAUCACAAUUUUUAAAUCCAUGAUUUCAGCCAUUUUAAUAAUCAAAAUAUAUUACUUUGUCCGCCAUCUUUAUAUUAUUUGACCGUAAUGUUUUUUUUCAUUUAAUGUUUAUUUCGCCAAAGGGUUGUAUUGAAUGUAAAUAGUCAUGAUAAAUACCUUGAUAAACUUCCAAAGUGCCUGUUUUCUGCUGUACGUAUAAUUUCAAGUUCAUUAAUAAUAGUAGUCAUUCAGGAAGUGACGUUCAUGGAGACGUCGAAUAACGCAUGCGCACACUGGCCGCUACGUUUUUUCCGGGUACCCUUCGGAGAAAAACAAGUGAUAAAUGGUUUAAAAAAAAUUAUGUGAAAGACACAGAGAUGAAGUGAUAGUGAGAGACAGUUUUAUUUAUGUGAGGAUAAACUUUCGAAGCUUCUCAAGCUAGCUUAGCUUGCUAGCUGCUAACAAAGAGACCCGGAAUCUAUCAACACAUCGCUAAGCUGCUGUUGAAGAAACAUUUGUAGUGGGAGAAAGAACCAUAGCAGAGUACGAGGAGAACUUUCUCGAAUAAAAGAGGAGAAGGAGCGACAACGUCAACUACUGGACGUUGUUUUCAAGAAGCCUCAAAUUGGGUUACACGGAGCAGAUGUCAGUGAAGAACAACUCGAGUAUGGAGCAGAAGGAGCCACAGCCACCCCACAUUAAAGAGGACGAGGAGGAGCCGCAGUACCUCUCCAUUAAAGAUGAAGAAGAGGAGCCACAGCCCCCCCAUAUUAAAAAGGAAGAGGAGGAUCACAGCAUCAGUCAGGAGGGAGACUAUUUUGAAGGACUGGAGGAGUUCCCAGUGAUUUGUGUCACUGUGAAGAGUGAAGAUGAUGAAGGUGAAAGUGAGGAGAAGAAAGAGGUGGAGCCUCCAAGCAGCAGCUCAACUCAACACAUGACAACAGAAGCUGAUGGAGACCACUGUGGAGGAUCACAAGCACACAACCUCUUAGCUCCACUAUCAGAUAGUGACGACACAACGUCACACUCUCCUGACACUGAUGAUGAAGACUCUGAAGCUGAUUUGACAUCUCACACUGACAACUCCUGCUGGAAAUGCUCUCAAUGUGACAAAACCUUUAGCAGCAAGGGAAAUCUGCAAAGACACAUGACACGUCACACUGGAGAGAAACAUUUUACCUGCUCAAUUUGUUGUAAAAGAGUCAUUGGGAAGUCAAAUUUGAAAUCCCACAGAAAAAUGCACACUGGAGAGAAACCUUUUCCUUGUACAGUGUGUGGUAAAAGUUUUUCUCGGAAGAUAUCUGUGAGAGCACACACAAGAAGACACACUGGCGAUAAGCCUUUUUUUUGCACGGUGUGUGGUAAAAGAUUCUUUCAGCAGUCAGAUUUGAAAGUACACACAAGAAGACACACUGGUGAUAAACCUUUUCCUUGCACGGUGUGUGGUAAAAGUUUCUAUCAAAAAGAUGAUUUAAAAAAACACUUAAGAAUACACACUGGAGAGAAACCUUUUCCUUGCCCAGUGUGUGGUAAAAGUUUCUCCCGGAGGAUAUCUUUGACAGAACACACAAAAACACACACCGGAGAGAAACCUUUUCCUUGCACAGUGUGUGGUGCAAGAUUCUCUCAGCGGGGACAUUUGAAAGAACACACAAGAAUACACACAGGAGAGAAACGUUUUUCUUGCAUGGUGUGUGGUAAAAGGUUCUCUCGGCGGUCACAUUUGGACGCACACACAAUACGACACAGUGGCGAUAAACUUUUUCCUUGCACGAUGUGUGGUAAAAGUUUCUCUAAAAAAGAUGAUUUAAACAGACACACAAGAAUACACACUGGAGAGAAACCUUUUCCCUGCUUGGUGUGCGGUAAAAGGUUCUCUCGGCAGUCACAAGUGAAAGAACACACACGUAUACACAGUGGAGAGAAACCUUUUUCCUGCGCAGUUUGUGCUAAAAGCUUCUCUAAGAAGAUAUCUUUGAUAGGGCACACAAGAACGCACACUUGAGAAAAAACGUCUUGUUCAAUGUGUGGUCAGCGAUUCACAAAUAGUACAAACUUGACUGAACACAAGACUUUUGAAAGGACGCGUCCAGGUGGAUUUCAAAGAACACAAUCAGGGAAGUACAAUUUAGCAAGACAGUCUUACUUUUGGAAAAAGCUAAAGUUGUGCAGAAGAUUGACUUCUAAUGUUGCUAACUUACAUUAUGAUGAAAUGUUUGUUUGUUUCAUCUAUCUCGUGUCUUUGUUUUAGACUAGAGCGUUACAUAUUUGGCCCUCUUGUACCUUAGAACAGGAUACAAUGUCACUCUCCUGUGUUGCACUUGUGGAAACGUGCAGCAUUGUCUGCAAAUGAAGGAUCAUUGAGGCAAGUUUUUGCUGUUCUUCCAAAUAACUGACAGGUGCUGAAUAAGAGUGUGUUUCAGGUACAUAUGGAAUGAGAUGAGCAGCGCUCUCUGCAUAUUUGGACCGUGAAUCAGGUAGAGGCUCUCCAAGACUCUGGUCUUCAACCACGCCUUGUCAUUGCUUGUUAAAUCAUGGGUAUCCGAAGUGUGGCCCAUGGCUGUUUUAUUAUUGUCCUGUGGCACAUUCUAAAAAGAUAAUUUAAUAAUAAAAAACAAUAAAAAUUGACAAAACAACAGGAAUUUUACAUGGUUGUACAGUCGUCCCCCAUUUUUAAUUGCAUCGUUAGCUGUCAUCCACAUACAUCCCGAUCAUAUACAUGCACACACAAACACCCCUCAGGGACAAAGAGCCCAGCCCUUCAGAGCUGUCCUCUUUUAUUUAUGUGUUUAUAUUUUUAAUUGCAUAAUAGACACAAUCCCAUUUUACCACAUACGCAGGUGAAGCGGGCUGGAUUGGGGUACCUCCUGCCUAUUCUGCGGCGCCUGUUCGCCGGGGUUGGGGAUGUGGCUGUGGACUUGUCCGCUGCGCGGCGCGGCGGCCUGGCUUGUGGGGUGUUUUUGUCUGGUUCGCCUGCCCUUCCCAGGGGUGGCCCGUUGGGGCCGGUUGA